AUGGUCGCCGACAUGGGCGCUUACGAGCGGAUAAGCAGCAGCCAGGCCCCGGACUGGAAAGCCCUGGUGGGCCUGGCGGACCUGUGGAGAAACCUUUUGAAGGUUUCUCCAAGUGGGGAGGUCCAUGCCCAGCCCCUCAGGGCGGCUCUGCUGUCGCUCCUUGCACACUGUCCGUCGCUCAAUUCCUCGGAUUGCAGCGGACAAGUGUGGGUUGGGCUAAGGGUGGAAAGGAUCAACUGUCUGUUGACCCAUCUUCGCAAGAUAAAGCGAGAUGGAGAAGGCGCCUUGGGAAAGGCAGCAGCCAAGCUCAGCAGACAGGAGUUCCAGCAGCUGCAGGCUGGGCUGCAGUUGCUCACCCUUAAAGACGAGGAAAGCUUGGAAAAGCCCUCGUCCGCCCAGCCGGACUUGGGAAAGUCGGGGCCUGGCAAAAGCAGAGACUUGGAAAAGACUCCCAGGAAGCUUAAGAAGCGGGACAGCGACGACGUGUCGCUCAACAGCUUCGGCCUGCCACGAAUGUUCGACAGCCCCCCAGCCUCGAAGAAGCAGCGAGGAGAGCCCAGCUCUUCGUCCAAGGACCCCGGGGUUGGCUUGGAAAAGCCAUCGUCGAGUUUGGCACUUGUCCCCUUUCAGCCGGACCUGGUCUCCAGGAGGAGAGCCGGGAGCAGGGUUCCGGCAAAGCAGGAGAACCUUUCUGAGCUCCUGGGCUACUCAGCCCCUGCCGAGGAGAACAAAAAGAAGAAGCGAAAGAAGAAGAAGAGGAAGCUGCUUGGGAAAGCAGAGGCGGCUGAGGCAGAAGGUGCCGAGCCAAAGGCCUACUUGCUUGGCAGGACAGAGGUUGGCGAGAAAAUGCGGCUUAUUAUUGAGGUGUCGCAGUCGAGAUGCCCUGCCUUCUCAGGCAUCAUCGACGAAAUCAAAGCAACCUUGGAAAAGGAGCACCUCACUAAGGAGGAGGCCAGGGACCUCCGUGAGCACCUCUGCAGCCAACAUGGCUGCUGA